AUGGUUUUUAAGAAGAGCAAGUCGACCACGACGCUGAGGAGGGGUCAUUUCAUGGAUGAUGCUGAUGAGUUUAGCCCCAUAAAGAGAAAUGUUCUUGUCGUUUCUCUACCACCACCACAAACUUCCAAGAAAAUCAAUAACAAGAACUUUGACUCUUUGAGUUCUUCUUCCUCGAUAUCUUCUUCAAGAUAUCUCCAAGAUAUCUUCUUCCUCGUCUUUCGCAUCUUGGGCGACAACAACUACAACAACUGGGAGGGACAAGUCUUUGACUCUUUGGGUUCUUCUCCAAGGAAUAAAGCUGAGACGGAGGUUGAAGACGACAACAGCCCCAAUAGCCAAGCCACAGCCUCAGCCUCAACCUCUUCGUUCGAACGGAAGGUCUCCAAAUCCAGAUCUGUGGGCUGCGGCAGCCGGAGCUUCUCCGACGACUUCUUCGAGCGGAUCUCGACUGGUUUCGACAACUGCACUCUCCGAAGAUUUGGUCUCGCUUUAGUGAUCUUCUUCGAUCUUCGGUUUGGUCUCGCUUUGGUUUCUUGCUGCAAAACUAACAAUUCGUGUGAUUAUUCUCCUCUUCGAAGAUCUGCAUCAAUGAUCGAAGCUUGGAAUCAAGAUUUCGCCGGACUCGUGUCCUCAAGUUCCGUGUCCAAUGUGGACAAACUCGUAUCCCUUACGUGUCCGAGGUGUGUCCAAGACGUAUUUGAUUCUAGUUCGCGUGUCCGACCGUAUUGGCGCGUGUCCGUGCUACAUAGGAUAAUUGUAAAUUAA